UGACGGAACAUUCACGUCAAACUGCAAAGCUUCGCGCGUCUCGUACCUUCCAUCCUUAAUUAACUGAUUUAACUCUGGUCCCGGAAACCAGCCAACGGCGGAUUUUAGCAUAAAGGAUCGUUCAUUCUUCGACGGGUCCGUCUCCCUGCGCUCUCCUCUCUUCUUCCUCGACUCGACUCUCCCAUUCCCCAUCAGGCCAUGAUUCCGACGCAGAGAACUUUAUCUGGGUCGUCGCAGAGCCCUAGAUCUCCGUCAUCGCAACAGCUCUAUCUAUCUGUGUCGGUGACUGAUCCUGUGAAAUUGGGCAAUGGCGUCCAAGCGUACAUUUCGUACCGAGUUAUCACCAAGACAAAUUUACUUGAAUACCAAGGGCCUGAAAAGAUUGUCAUUCGGCGUUAUAGUGAUUUUGUCUGGCUACACGAUCGCCUUUUUGAAAAGUAUAAAGGCAUUUUUAUUCCUCCUCUUCCGGAGAAGAGUGCUGUCGAGAAGUUUCGUUUCACUACUGAGUUUAUUGAGAUGAGGCGUCAAGCAUUGGAUAUAUUUGUAAACAGGAUAGCUUCGCAUCAUGAGCUUCAACAAAGUGAGGAUCUGAAGACCUUUUUGCAGGCAGAUGAAGAGACAAUGGAGAGAUUAAGGUCUCAAGAAACUGGACUUUUUGGGAAGAAGCCAGCUGAUUUUUUGCAAAUCUUCAAGGACGUACAAGCUAAGGUGAGUGAUGUGGUUCUUGGCAAGGAAAAACCUGUGGAGGAAUCAAAUCCUGAAUAUGAGAAGCUGAAACAUUACAUCUUUGAACUUGAAAACCAUUUGGCUGAGGCUCAGAAGCAUGCAUAUCGUCUAGUAAAGAGGCACAGAGAACUUGGGCAAUCUCUCUCUGAGUUUGGAAAAGCGGCAAAACUCCUUGGUGCUUGUGAAGGAGAUGCAAUUGGGAAGACCUUUUCUGAGCUUGGGUUAAAAUCAGAGACUCUAUCUGUAAAGCUGGAGAAGGAGGCCCACCAAAUCCUUAUGAAUUUUGAAGAACCUUUGAAGGAUUAUGUCCGUGCUGUGCAAUCUAUUAAGGCCACCAUAGCAGAGAGGGCGAAUGCCUUCAAGCAGCAGUGUGAGCUGGCUGAAACAAUUAAACUGAAGGAGAUAAAUCUCCAGAAGCUCACGCUAACCAGAUCAGAUAAGGUGGGAGAAGCUGAGAUUGAAUGCAGGGAAUUGAAGGCAGAGAGUGAGGAAGCAACAAGAAGAUUUGAGACAAUUGUGCGGCUGAUAAAUGAAGAGAUCUCGCGUUUUCAGGAGCAGAAAACAAUGGAUCUCGGCACUGCCUUCCAUGAAUAUGCGAAAGGACAGGCUCGUCUGUCAAAUAAUAUUGCAGAUGCCUGGCGAAGUCUCCUUCCCAAGCUUGAUUCUUGUUCUUCCUGAUGAGCAGGUGCCUUGAAGGUAGCAAAAUCCUUUUUCACUUCGGUCUCGGGAGUAACUUGGGAAACUCCUGGUUAGUGAAAACUUGGUUUACUUUACUAACUUGGUGUUCCAUGAGGCAGUUGGGGUGGUGUACAAGAAGUGGCUAUUUUCCACUUUCUUAACUUUUUUGUACAAGAUACUUGUACUCUUCAAAAUGUCUUUUUUUUCUGCAGCA